AUGUUUUUUGCCUGGUUGCCUUCGCCUUCUUCAUACAUAUAGCUCGGUCGACUAAAGGUUCGCGCUAGCAAUCGAAUCAACACCCCUCCGCCUCGCUGCGGCUCUCGCUCAUCGUAGACGAGAUCGAUGGCUAACAGGCACACCAUUGUAUUGAUGCAAGCAUCUCAGAACAGGGCAUCUAGAACAUUUAUGGAUUUUGAUUCACUCAGCCAAGCCAUGGACGGAAUCUGCGGACUCUAUGAGAGAAAACUGAAGGAGAUCGAUCCAACCAUCUUAAACAUCACCUAUGAUAUUGCUGAUCUAUAUAACUUUAUCGAUGGCUUCACAGACUUAAGUGCAUUGGUCUAUGAUCACUCAAUUCAUGCUUUUCUUCCCUACGAUCGACAGUGGAUUAAACAGAGGAUGUUCCAGCACCUUAAGAAACUUGCUUUGAAAUAAGAUUCAAUGAACAAAACUUAAAAUUAAAGAUCUGUAUUUCAUCCUCUGCCUUGAUGAGCUUCUCUAACUUCAAUUUUUGAUGAAUAAAUUAUCAUAAUUUGUCAUUGGGUGUUUGUUGAUAUUUGUGUAUGUGAACAAAUUGUGUAUAACCUGUAAUUCAGAUUCUUGAUUCAAGUAAAAAAUUAAAUGAACAGAUGGAAUUUCUUCAAGGAUUAAUA